AUGAAAACUACGUGGAAGGAGAUCGCUCCUGUGCCGACCAACCAGGAAUUCCUCGAUAUCGUGCUCAGUCGCACGCAGAGACGACUUCCGACUGUUAUUCGAGCUGGAUUCCAGAUCAGUCGUAUCAGAGCUUUUUAUACCCGAAAGGUCAAGUUCACAUCAGAGACUUUCUGCGAGAAAUUCCAAGCGAUCCUCGAUGGCUUCCCUCGCUUGCAGGACAUCCAUCCUUUCCACAAGGACUUGAUGAACACACUCUAUGACGCGGACCAUUUCAGGAUUGCGCUGGGCCAGAUCUCCACCGCCAAACAUCUCAUCGAAACCGUUGCUCGCGACUAUGUGCGUCUCAUCAAAUAUGCCCAGUCGCUGUUCCAAUGCAAGCAGCUCAAGCGUGCCGCGCUCGGUCGCAUGGCCACCAUCUGCAAGCGUCUCAAAGAUCCGCUGCUCUAUCUUGAGCAGGUGCGCCAGCAUUUGGGCCGUCUGCCCUCUAUCGACCCCAACACCCGUACGCUCCUGAUCUGCGGAUAUCCCAAUGUCGGCAAGUCCAGCUUCUUGCGCAGCAUUACCCGCGCCGAUGUCGAUGUUCAGCCGUACGCUUUCACGACCAAGAGUUUGUUCGUGGGGCAUUUUGACUAUAAAUACCUGCGCUUCCAGGCUAUCGAUACGCCCGGAAUCCUGGAUCACCCUCUCGAGGAGAUGAACACUAUUGAAAUGCAGUCUAUCACGGCCAUUGCUCACUUGCGCUCUGCCAUCUUAUAUUUCAUGGACUUGUCCGAGCAGUGCGGAUACUCUGUUGUCGAUCAAGUCAAGUUGUUCAACAGCAUCAAACCCCUCUUUGCCAACAAGCUUGUCUUUAUCGUCAUUAAUAAAAUCGACGUCAAGCGUCCCGAGGACCUGGACCCGGAGACCAAGGAGCUGUUGGAAAACGUGCUUAAGCAGGGCAACGUUGAAAUGCUCCAGCUUUCCUGCACCACCACCGAGGGUGUGACGAACGUCAAGAACGCGGCAUGCGACAAACUCAUCGCCGAACGAGUUGCUCAAAAACUCAAGGCGGGUACCAACAGCAGCAGCGGUAACCCCAGCGGACGCCUCGGCGACGUCCUAUCUCGCAUCCACGUUGCGCAGCCCAUGGGCGGCGUUCGCGAAUCAUUCAUUCCGGAUGCCGUCAAGGAACUCAAGAAAUACGACAAGAACGAUCCCAACCGCAGGAAAUUGGAGCGCGACAUUGAAGAAGAGAACGGUGGCGCCGGUGUAUACAGCGUGGACAUGCAGAAGAACUACCAACUUGCCAAUGACGAAUGGAAAUACGACAAGAUCCCCGAAAUUUGGAACGGCAAGAACGUCUACGACUACGUGGACCCAGACAUUGAAGCCAAGCUCGCCGCGCUCGAGGAAGAAGAGGAGAAACUCGAAGCCGAAGGCUUCUACGACUCGGACGACAGCGUCGAAGAAGCCGAAGACGCCGAGAUCCGCAUGAAGGCCGACUUGAUUCGCGAGAAGCGCGCCUUGAUGAAGAAUGAAGCCCGACUGAGGAAGUCGCUCAAGAACCGUGCGGCGAUCCCUCGCAGCGCCAAGGCGAAGAAACUGUCCGAAAUGGAGAGGGCACUCGACAAUGCCGGAUAUGAUACGUACGAUGCAGUUACUCGCGCGCAGGGCCAGAAGCAGCCAUCGCGCGGCCGUGCGUUGACGCGGGAUGGCGAUAAUGAGGGCGAUCAGGAUGCGAUGGAUGUGGACUCGACGCCCAGCAACCCCCGUGAGGCUAUUGCGCGCGCUAAGAGUCGUGCGCGCAGCCAGGCGGCCACAAACAGAUUGACGGAUGGAGUCACGGAUACGACGGCGCGCAGCAAGGCAGAGCGCUUGGCCAAGUUGUCGCAAAAGAAGAACAAUCGCAUGGCACGACAGGGUGAGGCAGAUCGUCACCAGACAGUGGCGUUAGCAAAGCAUUUGUAUGCAGGAAAGAGAGGCAUUGGAAAGAACCAGCGUCGUUGA